AUGACUGAUACGGAUACAGGUGUUGAUAGCCGGGUACUUGUACUAUAUACAGGCUUCUGCAUCAGACUUAAAAUACCUCCCUCAGUUAAAGGUGACCAGGAUAAAGACAAGUCCCUUGAAGACAAGGCUGAACAAGAAAAAGUAAAUGUGACUCUGAAUGCAGCCACUGCCCAUCCUGCCCUCCUCCUGUCUGAAGAUGGGAAACGAGUAACCUGGCAAGAGCCUUGUCAGAAUCUACCCCGCUCCUCGCAGAGAUUUGCCUCCCUUCCCUGUGUGCUGGGUCAGCAGGGCAUCAGCUCAGGGAAAUGCCACUGGGAGGUAGAGGUUGGGGACACGCAGUCCUGGGACCUGGGAAUUUGUAGGGAUAAUGUAAAAAGGAAGGGGAGGGUCACAAUGUCCCCACAGAAUGGUUUCUGGGCCAUCAGGCUCUAUGACGGGGAAUACUGGGCUCUCACCUCCCCAGAAACUCAUCUUACUCUAACAGAAAGACCCCUUAGUGUGGGGAUAGUCCUGGAUUAUGAGGCUGGAGAAGUAUCUUUCUGUAACAUGACAGAUGGGUCCUAUAUUUUCAGCUUUCCCAAGAACACAUUUAAUGGUGUCCUUAGACCACUUUUCAGACUUUGGUCCUCUGGUGCAGGGCGCUUAAGCAUCGUCCAUGUGGAGGAGAAUUGA